GCAUCCACUCAAUUCAGUUCUUCUCCGAGCGUGCAAAUGUUUGCAACGAAAAAAAUCAGUGAAAUCUGUGCCGUGCCAUUGAAUCGUGCCAUAUCCGCCGCAAGAGCGAAAGGGAUAAGCAUAGUUUUGCUAACAAGCCAUUAACAAAUCGAAUUGAACCGUGAACGAAAAAAAAUAAAAAUUGAUCAUUUUUCCAUUUGGAAAUCGCAGAAAGUAUCUACCUUGUGUUUCGCUUUAAAUGUACUUGACAAAUCUAACAGAUCAUUCAAUUUGCGAAAGAUAAUCGAAUAUAUCUUAAUUGGAAUACUGCGGAAAACGUCUGUUGAGUGUGUUGCAAUUUCGCUCGAAUGUGAUCUAUUUUUAUAACACAGCUAAUUUUUUAACGAAGGCAGUAUUUUUGGUUGUAAUUCCAAAAUAAAUUUAGUUGCUCCGCCGCUUAUUUACCAUUGCUAAACACUAAACGGGGAAAAAAGAAAAAGUCGGCGUGCCCAUCUACGAAUGAAAUACUAAAACCAAAAUUCCAUAAAGCCCAUACAUAUACAAACGCCAACAAUCCCCAAACGGUUAAAAACGGGCCGCCGCUCUGAAACAUGUCACAAAUCUUUUGCAUUCCCGUUCCAGGCUGAAAUAUCCAAGCAAAAAGUGAAUAGAAAAGCUGUAAUUGAAUUAUUGGUGUGCGAAUUUUAAGUCUACUCGAAGAGUGAUCAGCGAGUCAGCGUGGGUGUGUUUCGCUAGACCAUAGCGCAAUUAGAAAAAAGUACACUGAAAAAAAGUGUUACGCAACUCUGUUCUUUCUUUGCAAGAGACGUGAGAAAGUAGCCGCAACCACCAAACGUUAGCCAAUAUUUCGUCGGUGAUUGUUUUCUUCUCUGUUGUUGUUGUUGUGGCGGCUGUGCUAUAGGUACCCGGGCCAUUUGUUGUGCGCUUUGCUCUGCGCUAGUGGCACACAAAGAACUCCCUGCAGUUAGCAGACAUAGCACACUACGUCAGCAGCUAAAGCAAACCACCCAAAACACACACCCAUCAUCCGAAGGCUAGUACUCCCGCCUUCGCUGGCGACCCCGCCACCCCUCCCAGUCGAUUGGGCGCAUUUGCAUUUGCCCCUUUUAAGUACAUAUUUAGAUAUUCUUGACAUACAUGAUCUUAAGCUUAUCAUUGUGUUAAAUGCAUCAUUUAUAUCCAUCGUUGAAAGGAGAUCAGCUAUGUCCAUUGGGAUUCCAUCCACAGACGAGGUACCCAACCAGAUGCAAACGUUGCUUUCGCGACUACAAGGAGCACGGUGGACGGCGAGGAAUUGACGAUGUAGCUGCAUCAUCACCAAAUCUCUCAGAUGGCUUUAAUUCAAGGCCUUCAUCGCGAACAUGGACAUCUACACAAAAUUUGUCCUCAUUGAAUGGCGGUAGCAAUGACAUUGUUGUACACUUCAAUGUAGAGCUUAAGAAGCGUCCACAAUCAUGGGCCUCGACACCCGACAUCGACGAGGCUGAAGAACAGAACCGAGCAGUUCCGCGUUCUAGCGGAAGACCCUCAACGGAUGACAACGAUGUCAAUGUGACCAUAAAGUUACCAACACCGCCUAGACGUCACACGACAACGCUGGAUUUGAAGGAGGUGGAAAAUUCGUUGUUGCAAAGUGCGGCUUCCUCAUCGUCAGCAAAAAAUAUUCCAGAUGAACUGGUUAUUCAUUCCACCGAUAGCCUUGCCGAAAGGGUAAGGAAAAUGAAUCUUUUGAAGAAGCAACGAAGUCAGAAUUCCAGAGAAUCCAGCCGCGAAAGGUCUGUGCCCAGAAAAAAUGAGGGGGAUAGUAUCAAUGCGAAUGAAAAUGGCGAAGCUAAAGCACCACCAGAUCGACCUGAGCGUUCAAAGCCUUCAUCGUCCUCCAGCGGAACCAGCUCUAACAAGAAUGCAUCUUUACCACCGAAAAAAGUGUCCAGCUUGAAUUCGGCAUCACCUGGAAGGCCGUCGUCAGCACCUGCCAAUGAAACCAAGAAUUCUUUGCCGCCAACUCCAGCUAAACCCACUCCCACAAAAUUGAAGACAUCGUCUUCCUCAACAACCACAUCCUCUACAACUUCUGCAACAGUUUCGUCGUCGUCUUCAAGCGCACGACGAAAAGAAGCUGAACGCCAGAAAACUGCUCAAGAUGUUGCAUUUAUGCUUAAUAUAAGAGAAAACAGUUACCAAAAUAGAAAGCCCAAUAAUGAAACCAUGUCCAUGAUGACCGAACGCCCCGAAACUAAUGAUGGACAGGAGGAGUUGACGAAUUUGCGCAAAGAGCUAGAGGCUAUGAAACAACGAGCCGAGAAAGCCGAACGUGAAAAGAGUGACAUUCUUCUCAGGCGUCUGGCUUCCAUUGAUAUGGCUCCCAAUCGAACUGCGGCCUCUGAGGCGCUAAUGCUACAGCAGCGAGUUAACGAAAUGAAAGAGCAACUUGACAAGAUUUCAGAAGAAAAGCGAAAACUUAAUGCUCGCAUGAAGGAUUUGGAGAACAAUCCGAAGAGUGCUGAGAAUGAACUUCGAAGAAAGCUUCAAGCUGCAGAACAGAUUUGUGAGGAGUUAAUGGAAGAGAACCAAGAAGCCAAAAAGGAGAUUAUGAAUUUGCAAGCCGAAAUGGACGAACUUCAAGAUACGUUCCGCGAUGACGAUAUGAAGGCAAAAACCAGUCUUCAAAAAGAUCUGGAGAAGACCACAAAGAAUUGUAGAAUUCUUAGUUUCAAACUAAAGAAGUGCGAGCGCAAGAUCGAAACUAUGGAGUUGGAGCGUCAAAAUAAUGGCAACAACGAACUACAUGCUAAAAUUAAACAGUUGGAGGACGAAUUGCGAUUCUCCCAGGAAGUAUCUAAAAAGUUACAGCUUGAGGCCGAAGAACUGCGUAAUCCAGGCAAAAGGAAGCCCCCCAUGUUGGGAGUUUUAGGCAAAUCAACCUCAGCCGAUGCCAGAUUUACCCGUGAGUCCUUAACAAGAGGUGGAUCACAAGAGGAUCCACAACAGCUGAUGCGAGAUUUACAGGAUUCUGUUGAGAGGGAAUCUGAUCUUAAGGAACAGUUGAAAUAUGCUGAAGAAGAAUUACAACGUCUCAGAAAGUCACAGGGAAAAUCAUUGUCCAACAUGGGUGUUCAAACUGAAGAAAUUAUUGAAGUGUUAAAGUUCCCUAGAUCAACUCAAACCGAGAAGUGCAGCUUAAAUUAUACUUCAACAGUGACGCAAACAGAAAUAUGCGAACAGGUGCAGAGUGAUAGUGAAACAGAUAAAGAUAAAAGCAUCGAGGAAGAAGCACCGAAAAUGGAAGCAUCAGAAGGCCAAGAGGCAGAAAGCCAAAUAUAUCUAGCAAGCAAAGUUAACAAUACCCGGAAUGAGGAAACUCAAACUGAAACUCAAACAUCAGAGAGCCGAGAUCGUGAUGCACAAACUAAACAAAAUAGCUCUACAUCUGCCAUGGAAGGCGGCGAUUCUUUCACGAUAUCAAGUAUUUUUAAAAAUAUUCACGACCGGGAGCUCUCCCCUUUUGCGGUCACCUUGUCGUCGACGUUUUCGGCAAUUGCUCCAGCAACUUCCAUACUAUUUCCGAGUAUGAUAUCGCAUGCCCUAAGAUCUGGUGCAGGGGCAGCUACUGCCAGUCGCAAGCUCAGCCCCACACCACGCCGAUUGGCUCCAGAAGUGCAAGCGGAACGAGAUGAAGGCAUUUCCGAUGAGGACGAUCCGGCCGAACUACGCAUUCUUCUAGACCUUAAUGAACAAGAAGCCUCAAUUCUGCGCCAGAAAGUCGAAGAUUUGGAAAAGCAAAACUCGGAGUCUAAGAAGCAAGUGAGAGAACUUCAGGACAAACUCGUUCUUGUAGCUGACAAGAAGGCGCCUUUCUCUUCGACGGAAAAGAAGCUUAAGUCAUUGAACGAUGAACUGGAACAGCUGCGAAAGUCCGUCACCGAAAAAGAUAAGCAGAUUGAACGUUUGCAAUCAACAGCAUCAUCGGCUGGCUUAAAUGUCAAGCGUCAGUUGGAAACGGUUGAACAGGAGGCAGUUGUUCUUAGAUCAAAAAUAAAUACACUCGAAGCGGAAAAUGAACGUGUGCAAAAGGAAAAUAAGAAGUUGCAGUUGCUUUCGAUACGAAAAUCUUCCUCAACGGAGAACGGCAAUCUCGGAGAACUCUCGAAACUGAAACAGACGCUUGCCACUGUUGAGGAAGAAAGGGACCGUCUGCAAUCGAAACUGAAACUAGUAAUGCAAGAAGCGAACAUGAAAUUGCCGGCCAGAUCCGAAAUCCAUAUGACUGACUUCACUCCCAAAAAUCAACUGAAGAAGUGGGUCGAGGAGUUAGAUGCGGAAGUCAACGAAAUGAGGGCGCUUGUGGUCAACAGCGGCGCUAGCGCUCUCAAAAACUUGCAGUCCGAGAAACUCCUUUUAGAGGAUGAGCUUAAAAUAUACAAAACGAAACUAUCGCAAGCUGAGUCCGACCUACAAAAAUCCAAGUCAUCUAUGGCAACAACAAAGACUUCAGAUUUGGAGAAACAGAUCAAAAAGUCAGAAGAUGAAAUUAAACAGUCUAAUUCUAAAAUCAGGGAUCUUGAGGAAAAACUUAAGAAACAAGAGUCCAUGGUUAAACAAACGGAGUCAAGCAAGAUCACACUAGAGCAGCAAGUGAAAUCUGAGAAGGAGAAAUUGUCCAAACUGGAGAAAGACUUGGAGAAAGAGCGCAAAGACAGAGAAAAGCUUGAGGGUAAGUUGAGCCAAAAGGAUAGUGAGCUCUUACAGGCACGAAAGGCUGCCGACAAGAGCAAACUUACAAUGGAAAAGGAAAUAAAGGAGCUGAAGUCUAGAGCAUCCAAGUCAGACUCAAAGCAAGUGCAGGACCUCAAAAAACAGCUCGAGGAAUUUCAGGAAUCUUUGGACAAUGAGUCCAAGCGUUACAAUGAUCUCAACGUUCGAUGGGAGAAGCUGUCUGAAGAGACAAUACUGAUGCGGGCUCAGUUGUCUACAGAGAAAAAUAAUCUCCAAGCUGAAUUGAAUAGUGCCAAUCAAAAAAUAUCUGAACUCGAAACGAUUCGUGUUAAUCGCACAGAAUUGGCGAAGAAGCUAAACGAGGCCCAAAAGAAGAUACAAGAGUUGGAAACGAAAACUUUGAAAAACAACUCCAAAGAAUACGAGAAGACCAUGUUACAGAACAAGCUGGAUGAAAAAACGCAUGAGUAUGAGCGUCUGAAAAGGGAGAAUGAAAUGAACAUCGACUUGGUGUUCCAGCUGAGAAAGGACAACGAUGAUUUGAAUCGGAAACUAAACGAUUUCAGCCGCAUUGAACAGGCACAAACAUCACUCAACGGACACAGUGCCGACUUAGAGAAUGAAAUAAAGUCAUUGACACGAAAAUUGGAAAGCGCUGAGCUUCAAUUGAAGUCUGAGGUGGCAACAACACGCCUGAGGUAUGAGCAGCAAGUGAAAACUUUAAGUGGCGAAUUAACGUCAAUGCAGCGACAAUGCGAAAGAUUCAAAAAGGAUAGAGAUGCAUUCAAACAAAUGCUGGAGUCAGCCCAGAAGAAAAUCGGUGAUCUGAAAGCAAAUAAUGCUGGCCGGCAAAGCCGAGGAUCCAUGCACAGCAGUGACGAAGAUGACAAGAGCAAAAUUGCCUAUCUGGAGCAACAGAUUGGCAGCUUGGAAGAUCAGCUGGUCGAAGCGCGUUUGGAAGUUAGUAAAGUAAAGACUGAAUUAGUGUCGGAGCGCAGUGCUAAUGAAAUAAAAAUAUCUGAAAUGCAAUCAAAACUAAACGAAUUCGAAGAGGAGCGUGUUAUUGGCUCGGGCCGUACCAAGAUCCCUGGCAUGAAGACAAAACUCGAGUUAUCUUGGCAGAAAGAGCGCGAAGACCAACAACGCUUAUUGCAGGAGACCUCUACCCUAGCACGUGACUUGAGGCAAACACUUUUCGAAGUGGAGCGGGAACGCGACAAAGAGCGUUUGGAGUCAAAGCGACGUCUGGAGCAGUUGAAACGAACCACAGAAGAAGAAAUGGAAGAGGGUCGUCGCAAAAUUGCUGAACUGCAAUGUGAUCUUCUGGAAUUGCGUGAUGUGCAUGCUAAGUUAAGAACCUCCAAUGAGAAACUUCGGAGAGAGCGAGAGCGUUACGAAAAGGAGCUUAUUAAGCGGCGAAUGGAACAAGAAGGCGGCGAACGCAAACUUGGGGCUCUACUCCACACAGUAGACGAAUUAGUGAAAAUAGCGCCCGACUUAACCGCCAGCAGAAUAGGUGCAACAACAGCAAAUGAUCUACGGCCGGAGCCCUCAGCGGCCAGAAGAAAUCGGAGUCCAUCUCCCUCAAUGAAUACCUCACACGUUUCCAGUGUCUUGGCUAGGCUGGCUGAAGCUUCCGAGGAUAUGCGUAAGUUCCAACGGGUCAACGAAGAGGAACAUGAACGCUAUCGCAUGAGGCGAAGCAACCUAAGGCGAGCAGCGUCUCAAGAGAACGACCCCCAUGGCAGUCAAAGUUCUGUAGCCAGUUCGGCUAGCACCCAGAGAAUCAGCACAAAAAUAUCUCGUUCUGGUCACAAUGGAAGUCUGAUACGAAAAAGUUUAUCUUUGGAUCAUUCAAUUCAAAAAGAUCAGAAUAUAUGGCGUCAAGAUGAUGGCAGUGUAUCUUCAAUGCAGUCCAUUGAUUCCGAGUUAGGAGGUAUGGUGCGCGACUCCAGCUUCGAUUCCCGGUUAGAUUCUCGCCUAUCUGGAGGAUCCACACAGAGCGAUAUACCAAGAGGGCCACGUAAGAAGAAGAAGGGUCUUAUGGGUAAACUUAGAAGUUUUGCCAAAAGUGGUCGCAACUCCGAGAGUGAAAUAUCUAUUCAAGGAUCAGACUCUGAUAUCAGUGUAGCAAGUGACAUGAGAGCGAGUAAAAAGGACUUACGAGGUCGUUUAUCAGGCAUGUUUAAACGAUCUGGUUCUACAUCACGCAGUGGCAGUACGGAACGAAUGUCAAGCGAACACAGGCCAGUGGCCGUUACAGUAGUCGGUGACGAAAAUGGACCACAGCCCAGAGAUCCGCCGCCUGCCAAUUCUGUCAACCCAAAACCAAUUCGAUCAAUUGCGAAGCCACCGACUCCCACCACUCCGAUAACAAAACGGAAAAUGGCCAAAUGAUAAUUAAUUGUAAUUACAAUAUUUUUGUAAUUUGUAUUGUUAUUUUUUAAUAUUAUUAUUUUUUUUUCUUAUUCUGAUUUUUCACAUACCAUAGCAUCUUUUUAUGAAUAAAAAACUAUACAUAUACAAAUUCUGUUGAAGGGUUACGAA